AAAAUAAAUACGUUAAAUUGUAUAUGUAUUUAUAGUUUUAAUAUUCUUUAUUGAAACAAAACUGUUGUAGCACAACCUACAAGAUGUCAGAAGCCACACUAUUUGGAAAUGAACAGGAUCAUGUGAAGAGGUUGAAGAGAGAACUAGAGGGUUGGCGAGAGAUCGUCCUACAAAUGAACUCUGUGUUACUCUGGGAGAAAAACUGGUAUCCUGGAGUGUUAGCUGGAGCAUCUACCAUACUUUUUAUGCUACUAUGGUUGGCAGAGCCGUCACUACUGAGUGCUGUCAGCUGUGCAGGAUUGCUGGUAACACUGCUGGACUACCUGGUGCCUACGCUGAGCGCUACAAUGUACAACCCUGCGUUGUGGACUGGCGCUCAGGAGAAACAGUUUGAGAACAUCUGCCGCACCCUGGUCCAGACGUACGCGACUGCCACUCAUCAGUUGGUCGCCUUCAAGGACCUCAAGCUCACCAGUCCCAAAUUGUACUACUCUGUUACCAUCUUCUCUCUGACUCUCCUCGCAUAUAUUGGCAACAAAGUCAACAACCUCCUUCUCACGUAUCUAAUAGUUACAGCUGUUUUGCUACUGCCCGGGUUGAGUCAUCAUGGACUUCUACACAAGUAUUAUCAGCUGAUUCUCCAAAACAUUGCCAAUGUACUGAAAAGCUUGCAAGGUGGAGCGAAAAUCAAGGCAAACUGAUCUCUUUUGUGGCGCCUGCAAAAUUACUGCUUUGUAUAGACGUUGACAAAUAAGUGAUAAGCGUUAAGUGCACAUGCACUAUGGCUAAAUACUCCUAGUUUUUAUGUUAUACAUUUUGUUUUUAUCUUUAAAUUUAGAUAUUUGUGUGCUAUAAAAAAUUUUUUCGUAGUUUUGAUGUACAUAUAUUUAGAUUAGUUUCAAUCCCAAGUUUGUGAAUAUUGAGGACUUCUUCGGAUACUCAUUUGGCGUGGAACGGCUUAACUUCCUCCCUCUGUUCUUCAACUUUAAAUUUGUAGUUGUCAUAAGAAAAUGAGCUUGGCCCAAUACAAAUAGCUGUUGAUUGAAUGGAGGAUGACUUUGAAGAAGCAAAAGCUGAACUCUGUGAGGUCAUGGAAGAGUGUAAUUUUGCUCCAUUCAAUCGACAGCUAUUUGUAUUCGGCCAAGCUCAUCUUCUUAUGACAACUAAACAUUUAAUGUAAUAACUUUAAUUUUUUAGUCGUCAAAAGAUGAGCUUGGCCAAAUACAAAUAGCUGUUGAUUGAAUGGAGCAAAAUUACACUCUUCCAUGAUCUCACAGAGUUCAGCUUUUGUUUCUUCAAAGUCAUAUUCAGUUGUUCCUAAUCUUGAAUUCUCUUUUUGAACUCUGUCAUAUCAGUUGCACUACUGGAGCAACUUGUGUGUCUCUGGUGCAGAUGGAGGAACAACUUAAGUCUCUGCUUGACUCCUACCUUUUGAACAUGCUGGCCCAUUUGAGGGUUUCCAUUCUGCAUGGUUCUAGCUUGGACUGAGGAAUCUUCAUGUCCAAAACAGCAGAGUUCUUUUUCCUUGGUUUGAAGUUGAAAAUACUCCUUCAGUUUUCCUACUACUCCUGGUAGGAGAAAGUUGUUCCUCCAUCUGCACCAGAGGCACACAAGCUGCUCCAGCCCCAGGGCUCUCUCCAGGUAAACAGUUUUUUUUACAAUGACAUCAAUAGAUAUUCAUUGAUUCUAUCACUUAGCUUGAAAGAUUGUUGUUUACAGAAAUCCUUCAGACAUUUUGCAAGUUUUUAUUUAAGUUCUGGCCUGAAGCUGGAUCCAAAAAUAGUAUCCCACUUCUGUACAAAAUCUUUUAAAAAAUUAGGCAUAUGUACGACUUAAACAAUUGUCUCUUUUAUCUCGUCAACAAGUUUUGGAUUCAAAAAUUUGCAGUAAUCAUCCAUAGUUAAUAAUUUAGCUUAAUUUUGUCAGAGUUAAGCCUGUGAAUCGUUGAUCAAUAUGUUUACUAGUGCAGUUACCUGCUGUCAAGUGACCCUUAUGAUCUUGAAAGGCAACCGGUUUCGAUCCUCACUGGAUCAUCUUCAGGCGAACGUCGUCAUCUUCAUUUCGUUUGUGCGAACACGUAGAUUUUUUAUAAACAUUGAGUCAUAUUUUUCAAAACACGUAAAAAUGGACAAUAACUAUUACCGAUUGGAUGAGUGGCGGGCGACACGGAAGUAGAGUCUAGAGGCGACACGGAAGUAGAGUCUAGACCAAGUGGAGUCCAGACUCUACUUCUGUGUCGCGUCUUAGAGAGAAUCUAAAGUUAUAACAAAACUUUUUAUCAACAUGUAGAAAGAAGAAGGGGGAAAAUAUUCAAUACACAACAUUUUCUGUCUUAAUUAUGUGUUUUAUCCAAUCAGCGGUUUUACAGAAUACAAUUUUGAUGUAGCUAUAUCAAUAAGUGAAAAAAUUUUGUUCCUUGAAGUAAGAUUUUUUACAUAAAUCAAUAUGGUUAGUUGUAAAUAUAAAUAUUAAAACCAUUUGUACCUUUGUGUAAUUAGAUUAAAGUUUGAUUAA